UUUGUUGAUGAAUUGAUUCUCUUUGUAAAAAUCUGAGCUGUAUGAUCAGAAGAGAUAUUACGUCGCAAUGUUGGCGCCGAUUAUACAACUCCUCCAUCCAUCACCACUUCUCCACACUUUCCUCGGACCAAAAUCUCAUCUCCCUUCUCCAAUCAUGCCAUCAAAUCCGCCAAACUGCUCGAAUUCACUGUUUGAUGGUGAAGACCGGUCUCGACCGAAUCCCAUUUCCACUGAGCAAGCUUCUCGCUCAAGUCUCUACGCAGGAUAUCAAUUACGCAGACUCCAUCUUCAACCAGAUAAAAAGCCCCAAUCUUUACAUGUUCAACACCAUGCUCCGUGCCCAUUCUAUCAGCCCCGAUCCCGGAAAUUCCCUCCUUUUGUUUAAUCGCAUGAGGGCUGAGAAUCACAGCUUCGAUUUCGAUCAGUUUACAUUCAUUUCGGUUCUGAAAUCUUGCUCCAGUUUAGUGGAGAUUCGGGCCGGGCUUGGAGUUCAUACCGACGUCUUGAAAUCUGGAUUCGAUUCGGUUUUGAAUGUGAUGAAUGCUCUUCUGCAUUUUUAUUGUGUUUGUGGCAUGAUUAAAGAUGCUCGCCAAGUGUUCGAUGAAUUGCGUCUGAGAAAAGACGUGGUUUCUUGGAAUACUUUAAUGGGGGGAUAUCUUUGCGUGAAGGAAUAUUCUCUGGUUUGGGAUUUCUUUAAACUAUUUUGCAGAGAUAGUUUUGGUGUUGGUGUUGGUGUUGGUGUGAGUGUGACUACUUUGCUAAAUGUUGUUUCAGCUGUGGGGCAUUUGUUGAAUGAAUCAUUGGGAGAAACUAUACAUGUGCUUUGCUUCAAGCUUGGUUUCUUGUCGAAUUUAAACGUGGUGGCGGCUUUGAUUUCCAUGUACGGGAAGCACGGCCGCGUGCAAUCUGCGCGUCGAAUCUUUGAUGAAAUUGAUGAUAAGAGAGAUGUUGUGUUGUGGAACUCUCUAAUUGAUGGAUAUGCUAGAACUGGUCUUCUUGAAGAAGCAAUGGAGUUGCUGAGUUUGAUGAAGGAUCGUGGCAUACGGCCUAAUUCUUCUACGGUAGCGGGGUUGCUUUCUGCUUGCUCUGCCUCGGGGGCUCUUGGGAUAGGCGAAUACGUGCAUGGCUAUGUUGAGGAGGAGCAGUUGCCGUUGGAUGCAGUUCUCAGCACAGCAAUAGUGGACAUGUACGCCAAAAGCGGGCUUCUUGAUAAGGCGGUCAAUGUUUUCAACAGGUUGGAGUUUAAGGAUGUCAAGAGCUGGACGGCUAUGAUCUCGGGUUGUGGAGUGCACGGGCGAGCAGAUCACGCAGUCACACUUUUUCGUAGAAUGGAGGAGGAGGGUGUUGUGCCGAAUGAGGUAACGUUUCUGACGGUUAUGAAUGCUUGUAGCCAUGGAGGCUUGAUGAGAGAAGGGCUGAGCUGUUUCAGGAAGAUGGCGAAUGUUUAUCAGUUAAGGCCGAAGAUCGAGCACUACGGAUGCAUGAUUGAUCUCUUGGGCCGCGCCGGCUUCCUGGAGGAAGCGUACGAGCUGAUCAAAGGAUUGCCGGUCGAGAGGGACGCCACUGCUUUGCGCGCAUUGCUUGGAGCGUGUAAAGUGUACGGGAAUGUCAAGCUGGCCGAGCACGUGAAGGAACAGCUCGAAGGGAUCCAUGAAAAUCACACGGCCGAUUCACUCAGCCUUGCUGGUGCUUAUGUUGCUGCUGGAAUGGUAGCAGAUCAAAGUUAUGAAGUGGAGACUGCUAGGAAGGGAGCCGGAUAUAGCAAAAUUGAUUUACCAUUUUGAUAUUAGUUUUUAUUACUGGUAAUUUCAAAAGUUCAAUAUUUGUAACAGAUCACAAGCUUAGAAAUUACUAUCUUUUACAAUACAGUAA